AUUUCUGCGGGUUAGGUCACUCCUCUGUGCCGAGCAUCUGAAGCCGUCGUUAGCUUCUUACCGCCUGGCUCUUUAGCUUUAAUAUUAUCAAUAGUUUUUAUGGGAAUACAAUUAAUUUCGCGAUCGAACAAAAUGGAUAACAUGGUUUGAUGUAAUAAAAAGGAGCACAGAAGAAAUCGUCAAUUUAAAGAUCUUAUGCAAGCAGGGCUCCAGAAUUCCCGCUCAGGACCACAUGACACAAGAUGGACCUCUGAAGACCUCUGAUCACAUGGGAAACCCUGGCACUAACAGCUCAUAUCACGUGGCUGGAUCUGGACUGGAAGGAUAAUGGGAGUUAGAAAGGGCAUGUCGCGCUUCUGCCUUCUCACACCGCGAGACAGGCUCCUAUGCAGCGCUGGCACAUGGUUUAACCACCAGGACUAACAAUGAGCAUAAGCAGUGAUGAGGUCAACUUCCUGGUGUACAGAUACCUGCAGGAGUCAGGCUUCUCCCAUUCAGCGUUUACGUUUGGCAUAGAGAGCCACAUCAGCCAGUCCAACAUCAAUGGAGCCCUGGUGCCCCCGGCAGCGCUCAUCUCCAUCAUCCAGAAGGGCCUGCAGUAUGUGGAGGCCGAAGUCAGCAUCAACGAGGAUGGGACGCUGUUCGAUGGGCGACCAAUCGAGUCGCUGUCCCUGAUUGAUGCGGUGAUGCCCGACGUGGUACAGACGCGACAGCAGGCCUACAGGGAGAAGCUGGCCCAACAACAGCAGCAGCAGCAGCAACAACCCCAGCAGCAGCAGGUGUCGUUGUCCGCAGCCAGCGGGAGCACCGCAGGGAGCCAGCCGGCCACAAAGAACGGCGAGGGUGCUCCCAACGGGGAGGAGAACGGCGGCCACGGUUUAGCCAACCACCACGGGGAGAUGAUGGAGGUGGAGCGGGACGUGGAGAUCCCCCAGAGCAAGGCCAUGGUGCUGCGGGGCCAUGAGUCGGAGGUGUUCAUCUGUGCCUGGAACCCGGUCAACGACCUCCUUGCCUCGGGCUCUGGAGACUCGACGGCGAGGAUCUGGAACCUGAGUGAGGCCAGCACAGGGGGCUCCACCCAGCUGGUCCUUCGGCACUGCAUACGGGAGGGCGGCCAGGACGUCCCCAGCAACAAAGACGUCACCUCGCUCGACUGGAACAGCGAAGGUACCCUGCUGGCCACGGGAUCUUAUGACGGCUUUGCCAGAAUCUGGACGAAAGACGGGAACCUGGCCAGCACAUUGGGACAGCAUAAAGGGCCGAUAUUCGCCCUCAAGUGGAACAAGAAAGGAAACUUCAUCCUCAGCGCAGGUGUAGACAAGACCACCAUCAUCUGGGACGCUCACACUGGGGAGGCCAAGCAGCAGUUUCCUUUCCACUCAGCGCCGGCCCUGGACGUAGACUGGCAGAGCAACAACACGUUUGCCUCCUGCAGCACUGAUAUGUGCAUCCACGUGUGCAAGCUGGGCCAGGACCGACCUGUCAAGACCUUCCAGGGACACACGAACGAGGUCAACGCCAUCAAGUGGGACCCCACUGGUAGCCUGCUGGCGUCCUGCUCGGACGACAUGACCCUCAAGAUCUGGAGCAUGAAGCAGGACAUGUGCGUUCAUGACCUCCAGGCCCACAGCAAGGAGAUCUACACCAUCAAGUGGAGCCCAACGGGCCCCGGGUCCAACAACCCCAGCGCCAACCUCAUGCUGGCCAGCGCGUCCUUCGACUCCACGGUGCGUCUGUGGGACGUGGAGCGCGGGGUGUGCAUCCACACCCUGACCCGCCACCAGGAGCCUGUCUACAGCGUGGCCUUCAGCCCCGACGGGCGCCACCUGGCCAGCGGAUCCUUCGAUAAGUGCGUCCACAUCUGGAACACGCAGACGGGGGCUCUGGUCCACAGCUACCGCGGGACUGGGGGGAUUUUCGAGGUGUGCUGGAACGCCAUGGGGGACAAAGUAGGAGCCAGCGCUUCAGACGGAUCGGUGUGUGUACUAGACCUGAGAAAAUGACGCUGGUCUGAGGGAGCCAUGGACCGACUGUGAAUGUGUACAUAGCCAAAAUGACUGUCUCUCUCCCUGUCCCACACACUGCUGUAGUGCCAUCAGCCGCCAAACACACACACACACACACACACUCACACUCACACUCACACACACACUCUCUUCCCCCCCUCCCCCCCAAGCAAAGCAAAGGACUCCUACCAAGCAAAGUUGUCGAGUCGUGGUGUACAUCAAUAUGCAACUCCACGGAUAUACGUUUGUGUUUGGUUGGCCCUGACGCGUUUGAGAUCCCAUCAAUAUCUCACAAUGAGCCGACUUUAAAAAUCCAUACCAAAAUGUAAGGAAUUUGUAAUCCUUUGUAAAAUAAAUGCUAUGUUAUUUCAUUUUUUUGUAUUUGUUCUGUGUUGGCAUGAGCAUAUUGCACAAGCCAACUUGUCCUGUGGAUGUUGUUUUUGAGGAAGUUGUCAGUCGCUGUAGUUAGUGGGGGGGGGAAAGGGGGUGGUCAUCUAAUGACACUCAACAUUAUUUUUUGGUAGUUUUAAAAUUAUCAUGCAACACGGAAAAAGGUUGUUUAGAAUUUGUCCCUUUUUUGUUCUUUAAUUUUGAUUUCUUCUAACCAAUUUAAGAAGGCAGUGAGACCAUGUGCCAUGGGCCCUUGUUUUUUCUUUUCUUUCUCUUGCCCGGCUCAAACAAGACUGCAUUUCAGGUGUUUCAAUAUCGAACAGGUUAAUAAACAGCUAAAGAGCUAAAAUCUCCCAAACCAACCGAUUAUCUCUGAUGGUGUUUAUAUAUAUCUCCUACGGACGCACACAAUCACAUGAAUAGAACGCACAAACAGACAUCAUGCUGCUGGAUUGGGGGUGGGGUAAAGGGAUGUCUCAUCUGGCGAUCUGUCUGAAGCCUUAUUUCCACCCCUGUUAGCAGGGGCGGUGGCUAGGGGUGUAUCUCCUGCUCUUGCACACAGAGGGCUGUGCUGGAGUCCACCUCAAUACUGCUUCUCUGAACUCGGGGGCAACACAGCUAACCACUAAGCUAAAAUGUGUAAUCAGUAUUGGGUAGUCAUUAGUGCCCUAUCUCGCCACCACUUGCAUCUUGUUGCUUGGGGUGCAGAACGAUAAUCAGACCUAUUCUUUGUUGUCGGCAAUCUUCUCACUUUUACCUUCUUUUUUUGGCCCCUUUGUUUUAUCAUUAAAUCAGAAGCGUUUGACUCCCAGUAUUGUGCGGAGGGUCGCCAUAACACUCUUUGUGUUAGGAAGAGGCCUAGCUGGAGUCGCCUUUCACUUCACACAUCUUACAUCUGGAUGGAUGACAUCGUCAUGUUCAGUGCUUUGACAAUGCGUUUAAUGACUUUCUACUCCUUGCAUUGAAUGCCUGUCCGUCUUGUUUGGCUGAAUGACUGAAUGUCUAAAUGUUUAACUCUGUGAACACACCCAAAAUAACCUUAGUUUGCUUGCUUUUUAUGAGGAGAAAAGUUGUUGCUCAGCAUUAACAAGCUCUAAUAGACGACGUUUAGGACAUUUUGAGGACAGAUUUAUUGGCUACUUCUAACUCCAGAGAUUGUGAUUUGAAGCAGGCUUGUUUUUUUUUGGUUUAUGUGGGAGCAGACUUGUGUUUUAUUACCUUAAAUGUGACAUUUGUAUGUGUGUGUGCACACAUAUAUACUACAACAUGGCAUCCUGCAUAACUCUUCGAAGAGAGCAAAGCUAUGGAGUCUGUGUUAUUUGGAUCCAUCAGUCAUGUGGGAUCUUGACCAUGUCGAAUGGUUCUUUAUAAAAUACCAUUAUACAGUCAUUGCUUAAAAAAACCUGAGCCUUUGGUUAAGUUAUGGUGCAGAACUACAUGAGUGGACGCCUCUGAAGGCCACAUACUGUCUGAGCUGCAGGACAAGAUGAGACAGAAGGAAGGUGAAUAGGCCUCUGGGAUUUUCCCACCUUUUAUUUUGGGGUUGGUCAUGCUGGACUAACCUCGUCUUGGGCUGCUGCAGACCUAGCUUCGUAUCCAACAUCAAUCAUAGAAUAAAUUGGUCAAUGCGAGGAGUUUUCAAACAUUCAGAAGUUUUGCUUGCAGUCUUUUUAAAGAAGGUUAGUUAAAAAAAUGAUGCAUCAAAAGUUUUUUCUACUGUGUUGAGGUAUUUGGAAUUUUUGCUUUGAAAUGGUCGCUGGUGAUUUAGACCGUACCACAGAGGCACUACUUCAUAAGUAUAUGGCAGUGGAAUGGUAUUUUAUAAUGUACAAUUUUUAGAUAAGCCUUUUACACUGCAUUGAAGUGCGUUUGCUAUUAUUUGUUCCUACCUGAAGUACUUAUUCUAUCUUUGCUAUGUCAUAAAAAUGGGCCAUCCAAAUUUUGUACUCUUUACACAAAUAAGUUUGUAUCUCAUUUCAUUUGUAGUUAUGUACUCAAAUAUAUUAAAUCCAAAUUUCAAUGGAUUUAUAACACGUCGAUGUAAAUACAAGUUUCCUGAUUUUUUUUCUAUUUCUUUGCCCUCACCGAUAUUGUAUUACUUUCCCUUGACAUACAUGGUUGCAGAAUCUGCAGUCUGCUGAUCUGACUAUUCCUCACUCAAGUCGCCAGUUCUAGAAUAAAAUUUAUUUUGAUAAUAUCAAAAAGUUA